CAGUGUCUAAUCUCCUCACUAAAAUCGCUACACUCAUGCCAGCAAAACCCAGGAAAAGCUUCAAUUGGGUAAUUUACACCAAUUUCAAUUCCUUAUUUCUUGUUAUUAUUGCAUUUAAUCUGAAACCCUAAUGCCUUGUUCAAAUUUACUUAAACCUGGUAACUUUGAAGCCAAAAACCAAUUUGAAUUGUCUUUAAUUCAAGCUUUUAAACAGCUUGAAUCAAAUUUGAAACCGCCCUUUUCAUUGUCUAUUCCAAACCCACAAGAAUAUCUAGAGCUUAAUAGGGCCAUUUUUUUGGGGAUUUUAAUUGAUACCCACAAGGCUAUAAUCUACAUUAAGUAUUUACAUGCUAUUGUUACUGAUGGGUAUGCUUUUUUUGUUAGUUUAAUUGUUAAAUUAGUUAAUGAAUUGUACGAUAAGCUCGUCGAGUCGGUAAAACAUCAGUUGAUUUGGGUUGUUAGAGAGAUUGUUGAUGUUUUAGGAGUUGGUUUUGAUGGAAUGUUGGUGUCUUUGUUGAGGCAGAUUGUUGGUGGUGAUUUUAGUGACGGGAAUUUAUGGUUAUGUUACGAAUUGGUUAGCGUUUUCUUGAGUAAAUUUGAGUGUUUGUUAGAAGAGGAACCGAUGGUUUUGAGUAGUGCGCUUUACGUGUUCUUGAGGUUGUUAGGUGAUCAUUGUAGGUUGUCGAAUAGUUUGAAGUUGGACUCUUUAAAAGUGUUGGAGAUUGAGUUUUGUGUUAAGAUGUUGAGAGAGCAAUUUUGUUUGUGUAUGAAGAUUGGGAGGGACCUUGUUAGAUUACUGCAGGAUUUAGUUCAUGUACCUGUUUUUAGAGCUAUUUGGAAGGAUUUGUUGUUGAACCCAAGUGAGUUUAAGGUUCCAGGAUUUUCAGAUAUUUCUCAACUAUAUUGCUCUAGGACUUCGAGUCGUUAUUUUUUGCUGCGGAUCACUCCGGAAAUUGAAACCAAUAUGAGAUUUAUGCUUAUGCAUGUGAAGUUUGGAAGUCAGAAGCGCCAUCAGUUAUGGUUUGCUAAGAAAUUUCUUUUUGGACCGGAGAGAGAGACGCUAGUUGUUGAUAUUGUUCGUUUUAUUUGUUGUGGACACCACCCGUCUAAUGAAACUAUCUUGAGUGAUGUUAUACCUAGGUGGGCUGUUAUAGGCUGGUUACUGAAAAGUUGUAGAAAGAAUUAUGUUCAAGCUAAUGUGAAGCUGGCCUUAUAUUAUGAUUGGCUUUUCUUUGAUGAAAGGAUUGAUAACAUAAUGAAUAUUGAGCCAGGAAUGUUAUUAAUAGUAUGCUCAAUACCUAAAUAUAUGGACAUGGCCCACUCUCUUCUUGAAUUUUUGUUGCUACUUAUGGAGAAUUAUGAUGUCGAUCGCCCGAAUGUCACUGCAACGGGUCUAUCGUCAGCUUUCAAUAUACUUGUUCAAAAAGGAGUUAUCCGCUCAUUGGAUGUUUUGACAUCAUGUGAUGCACUUUCUCCAUCUUUGAAAGAAAGACUUGGAAGGUUAUGGUCGAAUUUGAAAGCGGGAGUCUUUAACAAAUCACAACCAGAUAAUCUUCCGCAGUACUCUGUAUCUUCGAGUUUGCAACAACGUUCAUAUCUGGGAACUCCGACAAGAUAUCCAGAACAAUCUCUUGCAAGUGAAGUGGAAGUUAGAUGUAACACUGAAGCUAUUGACACAUCUAUUACUGUUUCUGAUGCCUUGUCUAAUUGUCAAUCUGUUAGCACCAGUGAUAGUCAAAUUGAUGUUAUAGAAGGUUUGCUAAACAAUCUGGCUGAUACUAUAAAAAAGUCAAGUUCGAGUGCUCUUCAGAUUUUGGAAGCUAUACUUCUGUCAUUUUUGAAUCUCAAUGACCAAGGACCUGUUGUUUCAAUUUCUCCUGAUAUUUUAUGCUCAAGAAUAGCAGAUCAGUACCAAUCAAUCGGCUACAAAUUCUUUAGUCCCCUUGAGAAAAGUCCUAGUGUGCCUUGUUCUGGUCAUGAAAUUAGGUCUGCCACAAAUUUAAUUACUCGAACAUUCAUUUUUUCACUGCAUGAGAAGAUGCAAGGCAUGCUUGUGUUCUGGUUAAGGAAUGGUUUUCCUGUAGGAGCACAUUUACUGUCAUAUGCAUUGCAACUAGCUUAUGAAGCACAUGUAACAGGUUGCUCAGGAAAUGCAAUGGCUGACAGCAACUUGUCUAAAUUAUGUGAGUCAGGCAUGCCGUUGUUGACCUUUCAUAUUGAUGGCUAUUCUUCUUUUUCUAAUGCCGGAGCGAAACAUGCUUGUAAAGAUACUGUUCCUGUGUCUGAAAUAGACAAGAAGUUGGUUAUUAAAUUGGUGGAAAAUGCUUUUGCUGCUUACAAGUAUUUCUUUGAGUUUUCAAUAAAAAUUCAGCAAAAAGAAGAUGAUAUGUCUCUGUCAAAGCUCCUCUUAAUUGACGCAGGUUCGUGCCUUCAUUGGGAAAGAGUAAAACCAAACUUCUUAUUCUCAAGUAUCUUCCAUCAUUUUGCAGAUUUAUGCAUCGGUGAGGAAAAUAUCAUCAGGUUACUUAUUAGUAGGUUGAAUCAUGCUGACAUUGUCGAAAUGCAGUUUGAGAUUGGGUUAAAGAAAAUUGUUGUGUUUGGGGACAAUAGUGCAACCAUUUUCCUGUUGAUGAAGAAUUCUCUAAGUUGGGAUCCAUUGGAGCAACACAGAUUUUGGAGUUUAAUUAGAUCGGAACUUGUGGUUUCUAAAGUUCAGGUGGAGAAGAUAAUUUUGCAAUUUCUCUGUUGUGAUGAUCUGGAUGCAAAUGUUAGUGCUAUUGCAGUUGGUGGCCUUCUUACAUUGUGCACUUGCUGUGCACCCACAACUGAGCUUGUUGGUGCAAUCAUGUUAUUACCUGAUCAUGUCUUCCACGACUUUGCUGCUACAGCUCUGGCUUCAUGGGUUUUGUCCAAUCCCACAAUGUUAUUUGAUAGUUUGGCUAAAUUUUCAGAGCUUAACAACAAGAAUGGUGUUGUCUUUGGUUCAACGGGGAUUAAAAUUAAUCGAUCAGCAGUUCUAUGGUUAGUGAAUUAUUUUACAGCACAAGGGGUGAAUGCCUCAGAUAUUUUAAGCAGCUUUCCUUGUAAUACUCUUGGUGGAUAAGCAACACGCUCAUCAUGGUGGUGGGACAAUAUAGCACAAGCACAUAUCCCUGCAAUCUGUAUGAUAUGGUUAAUUGCAUUUAUUUGCCAGUUGAACCAGAGUGGAAUUAGUUUAUGCUUCUAUUGUUUGCUUUCUUUCCAAAGUCCCUACUGAGAAAUUUCAUUUCAUCUUCAACUCCUACAUCCUCUUAUGAUCUCAGAUAAGGGGACCAGAAUUUAGAAUCAAAGGCUGUUUUAUCAGAAUCUCUCUUGGGAGGUAAAAGAGACUAAGGUGUAGGCAAAGAGGCUGCUGCUCGUUCUGCUUCUGCUACUGCUGUCAAGGUGGUUCCUGAAUCUGGGAACAGAUCCAGAUAUUGCUCGGAAUAAGUACAGAAGGAAAGAAGUUUCAAAAGAUAACCGCAUUAAGGAGAUUCUGAUAUUGAGAUUUUCAAAGAUGAAAAUGGAUUCAAAGGAGCUUGGUUCUCGGUUAAGGUAAUGUUUACAAGAUGGGAAAACAUAUGUGGGUUACACCGGUCCUACAUGGAGUUAGUGCUGCUUAAUUCCAUGAAUGUGAAGGAUACAAGGCACCAACUUGAUUCCCGUCCACCCUAUAACUGUCAUAUGUUUUGGAGGAGCAGGGAAGAGAAGAAGUAAUGUUGUGGGGAAACAUACUUGGUCCUUUGGUGAUAGAGUCGACACAUGGUAACAAUUCAUGGAGAAACACCUGUUGGAAAAUGGAACCUUAGGCCUUCUCUUAUCUAAAAAGAUGGGGAAUGGAUUAAAUGCUCCAAUUCAGGGGAGAAUAAUUGAUCUUCUCAUGGGGGUGGUACUCUGGCAGAGAAGAAACCAAUGGUGCAGAGCCUUGUAGGGGAGGCCAACUGGCCAAGGGAAAGGAUAAGGCUCCUAAAACUAUAUACGUGACAAAAUCGGAUAAAUCUGACAACCCAAAAUUAUAGCCCUUAACCGUUGAUGAAAAUUCUUUGGUGUACCAAAUUAGUAGAAAUGGGAGUGAAUAAUCAUUAUAUUACAGUUGAAAGUGGUUAAACCAAUGAAAGUAAUGAUUCAACCAAGUUCAGAAAAUAUUUGAUGCCUCGAGGAGCAGGAUCCCUGGGAUGAAAAAAGGUGCUUCUAAAACAGAACUAUAUGAAAAGUGAGAAGCAAUUGGUAAGCCCAGAAUGAAAUCUGGCGAGCCACAAAGUAUUUUAGGUAGAACCAUUCCACACAAGGAAAACCCAACAAAUUCCCCAGUUGCCAUCCCUGAUUAGAGUACUCUUAGAGAUCAUGUUGCAAAGGCCAAUAAUUCUGUAAACUAUUCUGAGAAUGCUUUGGUAAAGCAGAACUUUACCAGUGUUCUAACAUUUUCUAUGUCUGGAUAUACCGAGGACCUGAUCUUAUUUUCUGCAGUUGCUUUUCCAUCAGAUAGCGCAACUUCUAAGAAGUUGGCCUCAUCAAUUGCCAAAUCUGAGCUGGUAAGUAAAAAAGAACCAUCUCCUGCUGCUAUGGAAUUUGGUACAAUUGAGAACAAGACCUAAUCUUCUAACAGCUGCACCGUGGAUUGCUUGUUUGAAUGUGGAUAGUACAUUCAACUCUGGAGUAUCGACUUCUCAAUCAUCUCCUAAUGGAUUGUACAUUCAAGUUUCGACUGCCCAAGUCGAUAAUUCAACUUUAAAUGAUGAAGAGAAGAAGAGAUGGGAAGCAUUUAGAGAACCACUAUCUGCAUUUCAGUUCAGUAUCGAUGAGAAAGAUAAGAUACUCGGAAAAGAAUUUGGCUUCAUGCAUUCAACUUACUGGGGCGAAGAACGAAAACAAGAAGUCCCAAAAUAUGAAACUGUUUGUAAAACACUAGAUUUUCUUAGGAGUCUAGGCCUUUCUGAUGAAGAUCUUUACAAGGUAGUAAAAAAAACCUGAAGUUCUCGGCUGUAGUAUCAAAACAUGAAUUGAAAAACAAUGUGAAGAUACUUGAAAAGGAUUGGGCUAUAAAAGGAAAAACAUUAAGAAAUCUUCUCCUUUGAAAUCCGAAGACCUUCCAUUUUUGAAGAAUAUAUCCUCAGAUUGUUUGUGAAUCGAUGCAUUCUUCCGUAUAUCAGAGCCUCGGAGAGCUGGUCAUAUGAGGAAUAUCAAUAAACGUCUCUGUCUCUGUCAACUUAAUACUGUUAGACCAUCAAGCCAAGGUUACUGAAUUUUAUCAUUGUGAUGUUCAUUUUUUUUUCAGAGACGGUGUGAAAUGAUCGUAUCGAUUUUACUCAACUGGUGGUGAUACCGGUUUUACUACCGGUCUGAAUUUAAAAACACUUCUGCUGAUUGUAGGCUUAUAAAAGUAGAUAAUCUUCGGUAUUCAUAUCCACACUAUUUAA